CUGGCUAAUAAACAUGCUAACAAGGACAUACGAGCACCUGUUGCUGGUCGAGACACUCCUCCAAUGAGCUCCCGGCGGCCGCCCAUCACACCACGCGAUUGGCUGCUGCCAGGGACGAGGGGGACCGAGGGGAACCGAGGGGAACCGAGCCAGGAACCGCUCGACCUCACACCGCCAAGAAAAGCGCCGCAUUCAGCCUUCGAUAGCUUUUCACGGCCGCGGAUCCUUUACUAA